AUGCUCAUCCAUUCCGAACCGUCAGAUUACUAGGAUAUGACCGUUGAGAGACGCUCCUCACCUUAAAACAGGAGACAUUUUCUCUUCCUCCGACCUAAACAAAGAGAAACUGUAGAAAGUGAAACUCAAAACGUAGAGCGAAAUAGUCACAGAGAUCAAAUUUUUAGGUUUCUAGCAGAUUUCAUGUUCAAUUGAUCAAUCUCUCUUCCUCAAUCAAUCUCUGUAACUUCCUAUACUUGAUAUCCUUGAAACUAUUUUGAUUGCUUCGCAGAAAUUUGAAGAUGCCGCUCCAGAGAUCUCCUUCAGAUCGCCGACCACCGCUUGCUGAAUCAAUGAAUCAGAUCCGUUCUCGCAGGAUGUUGCGUUCUAGUACUACUUCAGUCCCAUCUACACCAGUUUCAAUGAUGAAAACCCAAACUCCAAGACAUCUGAUGACUCGAGAUAGACCAGAACUUCGACAAGAGUAUCAAUCGAUUACAACCGAUUUCCAAGCCUUGGCAAAAAUGGUGAAAGAUCAAUUCGGAAAUCAAGACUUAUCUAUGACUGAUUUGACCAACACUUACAGCGCUGCUCCAUUUGAAAGAGGCAGGUUUUAUGAUGAAUACUCUGCUAGAAGAAAUGAGAGAUUAAGAAGAAGAAAAGGAGGCGAAACUGUGGAAGAGAAGAAGAAACCUAGCAGUGUUUAUAAUCUUGGUGUUGUUGAAUCUACCAUCAAGAAAAAAGGAGGAGAUCAAAAGAAACUGGAAAGUUUAAGAAAAUCUGUUCCUGCUAAUUUCUCAAUUCCUAGAUCUGAAACAACAGCUACUACUUCAAGAUAUUCUUUGAGAAGCAGCACUAAAGAUGUCAGUAAACUCACUAUGUCAUCUGGCAAAUUAUCUUUCAGUAGUAUGGAUGGAGAACGCAGUAAGAUCACUACUCGUCGAGGAGGAGGAGUUCGUAAGAUCUGAUCAAUCAAUCAGAACACUUCUGUGUGUUCUUUUGGUCGUUUUUUUAUCCCUGAUAGACUGAAACUAAAUUCAGUCUACAAAGUUUAGGUUUUUUUUCUUGAAUUCUCAUAUGGUGUGUGUUUUUUAAGGAAUUUUAUUUGAUUUAAUUAAUUUGAAUUUACAAAUCUUCUUCU